AGGUUUCUUUCCCCACCCACUACACUUAUCUACAAUGGCUGACCACGAGGAGCACGACUUCGAGUUCCACUCGACCGACGCCGGUGCCUCGGAGACCUACCCGUCUGAGGCUGGCCAGAUCCGCAAGGGCGGCUUCAUCAUGAUCAAGGGCCACCCGUGCAAGGUGGUGAGCGUGUCGACCUCCAAGACCGGCAAGCACGGCCACGCCAAGUGCAACUUCACGGCCCUGGACAUCUUCACCAACAAGAAGUACGAGGACAUUGUGCCCUCCACGCACACCACGUCGGUGCCCUUCGUGUCGCGCGCUGAGUACACGCUGCUCGACAUCACGGACGACGACUUCUGCUCGCUCAUGGACGACUCGGGCGAGACCCGCGAGGACAUCAAGCUGCCCACCUUCCCGGAGACGUUCGCUGACGAGAUCCGCGCCGACUUCGACGACGGCAAGCAGCUGGUGCUCACCGUGCUGAAGGCCUGCGGCACUGAGCAGAUCAUUGCCAAGAAGGAGGACCUGGCCGCUUAAGUGUAGCACACACACAGGUUCGCUCCGCCUUAUGGCUCCAGCCUUGUUCCGCAAGGCGGUGUAGCCGGCGGGGAAGACGCGUUGGAGCCUCGUAGUCUUCAGCAUCAAGUCGCGUUAGCCUAUUUUCUAUAUUUUUUGGAGAAAGAGGGCGCCACUAGAGAUGCUGCGGGGUCUUGCACUGGCGUCCCCAAUGGGAAGAAGCUGCUGGUUGCAAACGAGGUGCUAAAGUAGUUGAAUAUUUCUCUCUUUUUUCUUACUAC